UUGUCCGGAUGUAGCAUCACAUGAAUUGACUGUCAACAUGCAAGAUGGCCACGCAUCACAGGCAAAAUGCUGCUGGGCGGAGAAAAGUACAGGUGUCCUAUGUCAUUAGAGAUGAGGUGGAGAAGUACAACCGAAAUGGGGUGAAUGCACUCCAGCUGGACCCUGCGCUGAACCGGCUCUUCACUGCUGGAAGAGACUCUAUCAUCCGGAUAUGGAGUGUCUACCAGCAUAAACAGGACCCAUACAUUGCCUCGAUGGAGCAUCACACAGACUGGGUUAAUGACAUAGUUCUCUGUUGCAAUGGCAAAACAUUGAUAUCCGCCUCAUCAGACACCACAGUCAAAGUAUGGAACGCGCAUAAAGGCUUCUGUAUGUCAACGUUACGAACGCACAAGGACUAUGUGAAAGCUCUGGCCUACGCUAAGGACAAGGAGCUUGUGGCAUCAGCAGGUCUGGAUCGGCAGAUCUUUCUUUGGGAUGUGAACACACUAACAGCACUCACUGCUUCCAACAACACUGUCACCACCUCAUCUCUCAGUGGGAACAAGGACUCUAUCUACAGUCUGGCUAUGAACCAGAUGGGCACAGUCAUUGUAUCUGGAUCCACAGAAAAGGUUCUGAGAGUUUGGGAUCCUCGAACAUGUGCAAAACUGAUGAAGCUAAAAGGCCACACAGACAACGUCAAGUCGUUGCUGCUGAAUCGAGAUGGCACUCAAUGCCUGUCGGGCAGUUCAGACGGCACCAUCCGCCUGUGGUCGCUCGGCCAGCAGAGGUGCAUCGCCACCUACCGGGUGCACGAUGAAGGGGUCUGGGCCCUGCAGGUCAAUGAGGCCUUUACACAUGUCUACUCUGGAGGCAGAGACAAAAAGAUCUACUGCACUGACCUACGUAACCCAGACAUCCGUGUGCUCAUCUGUGAGGAGAAGGCUCCGGUGCUCAAAAUGGAGCUGGACAGAUCUGCUGACCCACCUCCAGCAAUCUGGGUCUCCACCACCAAGUCAUCCGUUAAUAAAUGGUCUCUAAAGGGAAUGCACAACUUCCGGUCAUCAGGGGAGUAUGACAAUGACUGCACUACCCCUCUGACACCACUGUGCACUCAGCCAGAACAAGUCAUCAAGGGAGGUGCCAGUAUCAUACAGUGCCACAUUCUGAAUGACAAGAGACACAUACUCACCAAAGAUACCAACAACAAUGUGGCUUUCUGGGAUGUCCUGAAGGCUUGCAAGGGUGAAGACUUGGGGAAAGUGGAGUUCGAUGAAGAGAUUAAAAAGCGCUUCAAAAUGGUCUAUGUGCCAAACUGGUUCUCUGUUGAUCUGAAAACUGGAAUGCUCACUAUCACAUUAGAUGAGAGCGACUGCUUCGCGGCCUGGGUGUCUGCAAAGGACGCUGGGUUUUCAAGCUCCGAUGGAUCCGACCCAAAGUUGAACCUGGGUGGACUGCUGCUUCAGGCUCUGUUGGAGUUCUGGCCCAGAACUCGCAUCAACCCCAUGGACGAGGAAGAGAACGAGGUGAACCACGUGAAUGGAGAGCAGGAGAACAGGGUCCAGAAAGGAAAUGGAUAUUUCCAAGUGCCACCACACACGCCAGUCAUCUUUGGGGAAGCCGGAGGCAGAACUCUAUUUAGGUUGCUAUGUAGGGAUUCAGGUGGAGAGACUGAAUCGAUGCUGCUGAACGAGACGGUUCCACAGUGGGUUAUUGAUAUAACUGUAGAUGUGAGUACAAUCAUGUUUCCAUCUGUAUUUGACUUAAAAUGUAAUCAAAUAAAACAAAGCCAUCAGGAUUACAGGUUAAAUAAAGAUCAUCAACCUGAACGAUUUCGGCAGACCACCAGCUCCUCAACCAACGAUAAGCCGGGGGAGCAGGAGAAGGAGGAGGACAUGGCAAUGCUAGCCGAGGAGAAGAUCGAACUAAUGUGUCAAGACCAGGUGCUAGAUCCCAACAUGGACCUGCGAACAGUUAAACAUUUUAUCUGGAAGAGCGGAGGGGACUUGACGCUUCACUAUAGGCAGAAGUCCACGUGAAAAUCCUGAUUUUUAAAACAAGAACUCUUCGUCAUUUGCCAAUCACCACCCACCUCUGACAUGUAGUACCCUAAACCCUAUUGUGUGGUCAGGAGUCACGGUAUCAAUGAGAAUCCAGUAAAAUUUGUGAGGACUCAUGGUGUAUCAUAGGGAACCGACCAGAACAGGCCGGAGCAGCCAGGACACCUGGGAGAGAAGUGGUCCGUAGUUUCUUCUGUUUUUUUGUUGUUUUUUUUUCGGUUUGAAGAAAAGGACUCUGUUUCUCCAGCGCUCACCAAUUUCUUUUCUUUUUACUUUGACUGCAGUUUGUUCUUUCCUUCUGAUUGGCGUUUUAUUUUGAAGCGACUGAAGUUACAGUACUUGUUUGUGUCUGAGCGUGUGUGUAUAUGCACAUGGAUGUAGUAGACUUGUUUGUUCGUUCUAGUACAUUCCAGAAACGGUCCUUGUUCUACAAAUACUUCACACCCGUCUCAGCAGUAUCAGCAGUUUAGGAGUGCACUUGGACUCUGGGUAGUGUCAGCAGUCCCUCAAAGCAAUCCUCUGUUCUUCUGUCAUCUUAACUUGAACUUAACCUUAACUUAGACACAGAAUUAUUGCAGAGCCUGAACCUCAUUGACAGAAGCGCUUGUCUUUGUCAAUUAUUUUAGCUGUUCUCAAUGGACUGAAUGUUAUUUUUUUGUAAAUAUAUGUACAACAUUUUUGAUUUAAGUGACUGUUUUCUUUUGGUUUUGCAGCUGUUUUUAUUUUGUUGUUGUACAGUUUACUUAAAACCAACACUUACUUUUUCCAAAUCCCUGGAGCACAUUAAUGAAGGUAAUUUGACUUGAUGUUAAAAAUGACAUUUGUUGCAUUUUACUCUUUAAGAAUGCUAGUAGUCGUCCAAGUCAUCUUAGCAAUCGGGAAAUUAUAUAUAAAGGUAUAUAUCUUUAAUAACUCAUGCUUACCACUCUGCGCUUGGGUCACGAGCAGUGACUUUUAUGACAGUGAGGGCUGUUCCUAAUGUAUAUUUCAUUUAGAGUUAAUAGGAGUUCAAUGAAACAAGAAUAUAACUUGAAGGGUAAUCUCAUUCAAGAGAAUAUGACUUUUCAACCACUGUGGGGAAUUUACCAAACUAAAAUAAAACAUAAUACCCAUUUCUCUCUUUGUGUCACCAAGCAGAACAACAGAUCUUUUCAGUGUAAAUUUUCUAAAGUUAAUUUUGCCAUCAAAGAGUGUGUGUGUAACGCCAUAGUGGGAACGCAUCGAGUGAGCUCUAAUUGGCCAAGAACAUGAUGGGUACCAUAAUUAGGCCAUAACACUGCAAUACCCCUUGUUGUAAUAAUUUGUGAAAUAUGUAUAUUUUAGGCAUUCAAAUAAAUGAAUUGGAAUGGUUUAACAUUGACAGAUUUAUGGGAAUUAUAAAUGGAUGUUUCUUGAGAUGUAAUGUGUUCAGCUGAUGACUGUGAAAAACAAGGGACAAUUUCUUUUUAAGUCAAGUGAUAUGAUUGUUUAACCAUCAAAGAUUCACCCAUUUCACAUUCAUCAACAAAUACUGCACUCAUUCCUAAUAAAACGUACAAUUGAUAAAA